AUGUCCACUAGCGUGCAAGAAACUGUUCCAAAACGUCGCGUUGCUAUAAUCGGUGGCGGACUUGUUGGUGCACUCGCUGUAUUAUAUUUUGCCAAGCGUGGUUGGCAAGUUAGUCUUUUCGAACUUCGAGAAGACUUACGUGUACCGGAGAACAAAAAAAAUCUUUCACAUAGGUCAAUAAACCUAGCUUUAUCUGCUCGAGGCCUAAGCGCCUUGAAACGUAUUUCACUCGGUCUUGAUGACAAAAUAUUGGAACACGUGAUUCAUAUGAAAGGUAGAAUGAUUCAUUUAGGCGAAGGUAAGCUCAAAAGCCAAUUAUACGGUGUUUUCGGUGAGUGUAUUCACUCGGUGGAAAGAGAAAUCCUUCUCGAAUUGCUUCUAAAUACAGCCGCUACGUUUACGAAUGUCAAAAUGUAUUUCCAACACCAGUUUAAACGUUGUAAUUUUGAUGAUGGAAUUUUAGAAUUCGAAAAUAAGAAAACUGGAAAUCCAUUUCAAGAUUCAGCAGAUUUAAUUAUAGGUGCUGAUGGCGCGUUCUCUGCUGUUCGAACCCAACUAAUGCGCGUUGUAAGGAUGGAUUACUCACAGGAGUAUAUUUCACAUGCUUAUCUUGAAUUAACCAUUCCACCAAGAGUUAAUGACAAAGAUGAAGAAGAAUUUGCAAUGGAUCCUAAUCAUUUGCACAUUUGGCCACGGCAUUCUUUUAUGAUGAUUGCACUGCCUAAUAGAAAUAAAUCAUUUACAUGUACACUAUUCAUGCCAUUUGAAAAUUUCGAUGCGUUAAAGACAGAAGAUGAUCUGAUGGAAUUUUUUAGAAAGUAUUAUGCAGAUUCUAUUCCUUUAAUUGGAGAAGAUCAACUCAAGAAGGGAUAUUUCAGGAAUCCAAGGGGAUCACUAAUGUCUAUUAAGUGCAAGCCUUAUCAUUAUAAAGAUCGAGCAGUUAUUAUAGGAGAUGCAGCUCAUUGCAUGGUUCCUUUUUAUGGACAAGGUAUGAAUUGUGGAUUUCAGGAUGUUGAAAUGUUAAAUGGAAUAUUUGAAGAGUACGAGAUAUCGGCUGUGCAAAGUAGUGAUAAGUUGGCUUUGGCAUUGGAGGAAUUUACAAAAAGACGUCAUCCGGACGCGAUUGCAAUUUGUGAUUUAGCAAUGUAUAAUUAUAUAGAGAUGCGAUCUAGUGUAGUAAAACCUUGGUAUUUAUUAAGAAAACGAAUUGAAGAAACUUUAUACUGGUUAUUUCCCACUAGAAGUAUUGCUCCAUUGUAUACAAUGGUUAGCUUUUCAACCAUGAGAUAUUCGGAGGCAGUGCAGAGGUGGAAACGUCAAGGAUUUUUAUUGAAUGUAAUUGGUGUAUCAAUAUUAACAACGGUGACUGCUGCAUCGAUCUGGAUUGGAUACUAUCGGUUUUAA